UCCCCUCCCCCCCUUUUUGUCUUUAUAAAGUUAAGUAAGGGUCUGGAGAGAACGGUCGCCAUGCCUACGCAGAGGACCUUUGUGAUCGCUAAAGCCCAGCCCAGGAUGCAGGCCAGAGUUCAGGGAAGCCGCGCCUGCUGCCACGUCUGCUUUCGGUUUCUGGGCGUCUCCAUUUUGCGGACCCUAAGGCACGCAGUGAAGUCUCUGAGACCUGAGCCUCUCAAGCGGCCACUUGGGGCCAGAUGGGGUUUUGGAAAAUCCAGCAAUGGCUUCUAUUCAGUCUUGGUGGAAUGGCGACCAUUCGCAUCUUCUCGGAACCCUUCUCUUUGGUCACACUCGGGGGGAUUCUGCCCCUGCACGAUGUCUCCUUCGAUCCAGUUUUGAGGAGGUCUCCUUCGAAGACUGGCGACAAAACCGCUGUUGAGUGGGAUGGGCCGGCGACCUCCCGGUAGUGUCUCCCUUGCAAGAACUCUGAAAGAAAUGAUGAGAGCCCUUAGACAUGAUGUUGGCUUUUCGUGGUUCCCGGAGCCCUGCUUAAUGGAUGGAGGCUGGACGAGAACUUGGCUGUUGUGGUUCUGAACAUGGCCCAGGGCCCCGUGUCUGCUGAGCUCAUUCACCAGGUGGAAGAGUGUCUUGAUGAGGAUGAGAAGGAGAUGAUGCUGUUCUUGUGUAGAGAUGUGACCGAGAACCUGACUCCACCGAACGUCAGGGACCUCCUGGAUAGCUUAAGCGAGAGAGGCCAGCUCUCUUUCGACGCCUUGGCUGAGCUGCUCUACAGAGUGAGACGGUUUGACUUGCUCAAGAGGAUUCUGAAGACAGACAAAGCAGCUGUGGAGGACUACCUGCGCAGAAACCCUCACCUGGUUUCAGAUUAUAGGGUGCUGCUGAUGGAGAUUGGUGAGAAUUUGGAUCAGAAUGAUGUGUCCUCCUUAGUUUUCCUUACAAAGGAUUACACAGGCAGAGGCAAGGUAGCCAAGGACAAGAGUUUCUUGGAUCUGGUGAUUGAACUGGAGAAACUGAAUCUGAUUGCUUCAGAUCAAUUGAAUUUAUUAGAAAAGUGCCUGAAGAACAUCCACAGAAUAGACUUGAAGACAAAGAUCCAGAAGUAUACACACUCCAGCCAAGAAGCAAGAUCAAAUAUGAAUACCCUCCAGACUUCUCUCCCAAAAUUGAGUAUCAAGGAACAUUUAUAUAACUCAAGGCUCCAGAAUGGGCGAAGUAAAGAGCCAAGAUUUGUGGAACACCAUGGCAUUCAAAGAAAACCUGUGAAGACAUCCAUUCAGGAAUCAGGAGCUUUUUUGCCUCCGCACAUCCAUGAAGAGAGUUAUAGGAUGCAGAGCAAGCCCCUAGGAAUCUGCCUGAUCAUCGAUUGUGUUGGCCACGACGCAGAAUAUCUUCAAGAGACCUUCACUUCCCUGGGCUAUCGUGUCUGCUCUUUCUUGUUUCCUGGGUCACGUGACAUAGCCAAGAUUGUUCACAAAUUCGCCUGUAUGCCCCAACAUCAAGACUAUGACAGCUUUGUAUGUGUUCUGGUGAGCCUAGGAGGCUCCCAAAGCAUGAUGGGUGUAGAUCAGGUUCACUCAGGGUUCUCCUUGGAUUGCGUCAAGAAGAUGUUCACAGGGGACACGUGCCCUUCUCUCAGAGGGAAACCAAAGCUCUUUUUCAUUCAGAAUUAUGAGUCGUUAGGUAGCCAGUUGGAAGAUAGCAGCCUGGAGGUAGACGGGCCAGCAAUAAAAAAUGUGGACUCUAAGCCCCUGCAACCCAGACAGUGCACAACUCACCCAGAAGCUGAUCUCUUUUGGAGCCUGUGCACAGCAGACGUAUCUCACUUACAGAAGCCCUCCAGCUCAUCCUCUCUGUAUCUGCAAAAACUCUCCCAGCAGCUGAAGCGAGACAGGAAACGCCCACUCGUGGAUCUCCAUGUUGAACUCAUGGACAAAGUGUAUGAGUGGAACAGCCGUGUUUCUUCUAAGGAGAAAUACAACCUCAGUCUGCAGCACACUCUGAGAAAGAAACUCAUCCUGUCUCCUACAUGAAAACCCCAAACCUUCUGGGUUCUUGGUAUGUCAUCCAGCGUGGCCAAUCUCCUGAUUGCUUGGGACAGACCUUGAAGGUUACAGCUGCUUUCUGACCCUGGCGUGAGUCCUGGCUUCUGGUUCCCCUGUGCACAGGCAUGAGCUGUAGUCCUGCGGCCAUGGAACAUCUUGCUCCAGCCAUCGUGCCUUUACCACUCUGAUGGACUGAUGAUCGUGCCUCCAAGACUAUGGGGCACAGUAAACUUUCCUACUUACAUUCCACAGUGUGAACAACAGUAAGACAUAAACUUACUGUUUUAUAUGAGUAUAUAGUGUAUGGCUCAAGAUUUGACCAUACACUUGACUGUAAUCUGAGACUUACCCGAGUCCGUCAUGUGACUGGGUAAAUUGUUUCUAUGGCAUAUCUGAUCAUUUAGUGAGUUAUUAGCUCAUGGAGUACCUAUUGCUUCAGGACUUCACAUUUGCCUCCAAUUUCUGUGACCUAGCUCUAUAUUUAUAUUCUUCUGCAAAAGCAAAUUUCAUUAUGUAUGUUUAAUAUUUACAGUAUAAUGCUUUGUAACACAUAUAGAUAGAAAAAUAGUUACCCGUGAGCACAGGCGAGCUAGCCCUGACCCUCACCAGCUAUGAUGGCUUGAGUGAAGGAGAACUAGCUCUGCUAGUUCUUUGAAGGUUCUAGUGCUUGGGAGAGUAACCUGUACUUUGCCUGGGCAGCACAGUAGAGCUGGCCCUAAGAACACAACAGUGAGUGGGAGAGCUCGCCCUGGUUGGCUCAGGAACAGGAGAGCAGGUGGGCUGACCAACUCGGCUACCGUCCAGGGCUUUGAGUUGGCCCACCCCAGCAUUGUCUGUGAACUGCUGGAGCAUGUGAAAGGGCUGGUCCUGCAGAACUAUAAAGCUGCAGGAUCUCUAUGACACAGGGCAACAAGAGGGUAUCUGAGAGGGGUUCCAAGAAGGAUCUGGUAUUUAUAGUGUAUCAGAAGCCAGAGGCCUCAAGCCAGAGCAAUGAGUAAAGAUAUAAAAUAAGUAAAGCACAGAUACGCUGUGGGACACACUAUGACCCAUAGGGGUUUUUAUGGAGAUUUUUUUGUUUUGUUUUGUUUUUCUUUUUUGUUUUCUUUGGCAGGAAUAGAUUGCAAGGGCAGAGUAGAUAUGGAGGCUGGAGACAUGAGUGGGACUGAGGUGCAUAAUAUAGAAUUCACAAAGAAUCAAAAAAACUAAAAAAAAUAGUUACAUAGUUAGAUUAGGUUAUUUAUAAUUUAUAUAGCUAGCUUUUUUUUUUUUGUAACAAGAGCAGAUAGAAUUUAUUUAUUUAUUAAAUACUUUUGAGACAAAGUUAAAAUGUACAUAGCACAAUUCCUGCUAUACCAGUACUAUCAUGGGGGAGGCCAAAGGAUCAUACGUUCUAAGCCAGUCUAGCUAUGCAGUAGCUGUGUAAUGAGAUUGUGUGUUUGCGUGUUUGUGAAAGAGAGCAGAGAGAAAAAUUCAGACAUAUCCAAGAUGAUAUAAUUUUAUUAGCUGCUAUAAAACAUGGUUAUUUUACUUCUGUGUACUCUUGAGUAAUCUAAUAGUAUAAUCUCUAUCUGUAUUUAAGAAUAGUAGUCAAACCCCUCCCCUCGGGGUGUAGGGAUCUGUUCCAAACAGGAGGCAGAACGAUUGUAAGAGCUAGAGGUGGUAGAGGACCCCAGGGAAGCCACAUCUUCCAGACACAACAGGACCCAUGCACAUGUGACUGUGACAGCACAGGUUCAGACCAGACAGAGUCCCAGCACUGAGAAAGGAUAGGAAGUUGUGAGCCAUUGUACUCACCGGUGAACCAGGAAUGUUCAAUGCUCAGGGCUGCCUCGUCAAGGGGAGCAAUGCAUAACCUGUGUCUGCCAAGAACUAAGUGAUUCACAGCUGGUGGCCUCUGCAUGAUCUGCACAGCCAGGCCACACCGCCUCCCUCAGACUCAUGUUCAUGUCAGUCAGUCGGCAGUCUGUCCUCCCUGCCACCCGCAUCAGGACCACUGUUUACCCUGAGCGUGCUUCCUCAGUUAAGCCAGAGAACCUAUCUGUAUGGAUGGUUUUGCUUGGACUCUACAAGAGUUUCAAUAUAGCCAUCUCUGAAGCUUUUUUGUACACGCAGGACUGAUUAAUUGCCACCAGAAACUAUUCUGAAAUUGUGCUGUGCUUAAAUAUGCCUGAAAUAAACUCCCCGGCGUCAGGCUCCAGAAGUUUGGGUGAAAACGGCCCACUGAGUCAUGCCGAGCCAUACUUCCUUCUUGCCUCACUUGAUUCUUGCCUCUUCUUGUCUGCUGGUUGAGGUUGUUUGCAGGGAUCCCCGCAAAGGGGAGGUUCAACCAAGAAGGCUUGUGCAGUAGACAGCUGCUGAGAAUGGAAAACCAGUUUUCUCCAGUGGAGUGUUGCUGGGCAUAUCCACUACACACCAGGGCAGGCCCCAUAGCCAGGAGUAGUUGGCUAACAUAAAAUGGACUCUGUAUGUUUGUCUUUUUAUUGAUUUUCUUCUUUGAGAGAGAGUGCAAGAGAACAUGAAGUUGUAUGAGGGGGGAGGGGGAUGGCUGAAGGAUCUGGGAAGAGUAGGGAGGGGGAAAGAGCAUCUCACAGGCUUGUUUCAAGGACGAAGUGUGAGGGUCUUUACAACCAUUUUUGAGCUACGCUCUUAAUUAGUUGUAUCAUUAGACCACAGUAUAAAGGGUCUGUUUUGGAAGGACUGAAUCAAACUUUGAAAAGUUGAUGGGAUUUUGGCAGGUCGUGAUAGAGAAGAGAACAUAAGCCAAGGGACGGAGCCGACGGGAGGUGCGCAGCCUGCUUUAGAAACCUUGAGUGUAACUUUUAGCUGGAACAGAUGUACACAGUGAUGGUGUCAGGGAUAAGUCAGGAGGUGGAUGUGGUCCUGAUGUGGAGAAGGUCCCACUUUUUUUCCUUCUCACAGGAAACCAAACAGUCAGAAAGAACAUUCUAAAGUGGAAUAAGAAUGACAGACACUGAUCUAGAACUUGUGUCUUCUGGAGGAGGAUAAUUAAGUGCAUGGCAGGACCAGAAGUUUUCAUUAAUACCUAUUUCAUAAUUCUUUUUUUUAAAUUUAUCACAUAAAUUUUUAUUAGAUAUUUUCUUUAUUUACAUGUCAUACGAUAUCUCCUUUCCCAGUUU